CGGUCCGGCUGGUUCUCUGCCAUCCGCGCUCGGCGGCGACGGCGACAUGGAGAGCGGGGCCUACGGCGCGGCCAACGCGGGCGGCAGCUUCGACCUGCGGCGCUUCCUGUCGCAGCCUCAGGUGCUGACACGCGCCCUGUGUAUGGGCUUUGCCUUGAUCGUGUUCUCCUGUAUCUUCGGCGAGGGUUACAGCAACACCCACCACUCUGACCAGUUAUACUGCGUGUUCAACCAGAACGAGGAUGCCUGCCGCUAUGGCGCUGCCAUCGGGGUGCUGGCCUUCUUGGCCUCAGCCUUCUUCUUCGUGGUGGACGCCCUUUUCCCCCAGAUCAGCAAUGCUACCGACCGCAAGUACCUGGUCAUUGGAGACCUCCUGUUCUCAGCUCUCUGGACUUUCCUGUGGUUCGUUGGUUUCUGCUUCCUGACCAACCAGUGGGCCGCAACCAAGCCUGACACAGUGCUGGUGGGAGCUGACUCAGCCCGGGCAGCCAUCACCUUCAGCUUUUUCUCCAUCUUUUCCUGGGGUGUGCUGGCUUCCCUGGCCUACCAGCGCUACAAGGCUGGAGUGGAUGCAUUCAUCCAGAACUACGUGGACCCCACCCCAGACCCCAACACAGCCUACGCCUCCUACCCUAGUGCCUCGGUGGAGAACUACCAACAGCCGCCCUUCACCCAGAAUGUGGAGACCACAGAGGGCUACCAGCCGCCCCCUGUGUACUGAGCAGCCUGGUCAGGGCAGAGGCAGGGGGGUACUUGGGGCCACCCCUCUAUCCCGGACUUCCCCCUGGAGGCUUGCCUCCUGGAGCUGCAGCCCCUUCCUUGCCUGUCGAAAUUGACAGCCAGAGAAUCCCAAGCCUUCCUGCACCCUAGCUGCAGCCAACAAAGCGUACCUGAAGUGCCUGAGCCCAACAGGGCAUCACAGCCACCCACCUACUCCUCAAGGGCAUUUUAGGAAAGGCUUUUAGGGGAAUCUUUCCUCACUGCUUCUUUCCUCCUCAGUACUGGGGUUGCUGCCCAGGGCCUUGUACUUGCUAGCCGGUGCUUGCCCAUUGAGCUACGUCCUUAGCUCCAUGUUGCUUUAAUAACCCAGAACCCUGACUCAGAUAGCCAGAAGCAGAAAGAAGGUGCCUACUAUAUGCUUUUAUAAGUGCUGUAGCACCCCUGAAUCCUGAGGCCGUGGGAGCCCCCCCUUUUUGCCAAAGACAAGGUUGGGGAUCCAUGUACCUCUCUCCUUGGGAUGCUGGGCCCAGUCUCCCCACCUCCUUACUCAGGUUCGUCACCCAGCCACGGCUGGGAGCAGUGUUCACUGCUGUGUCCUCUGGGGUCACCACUAUGCCAGCUGCCCCAGGCUGCUGUAUGUCAGGCAAGCAGGGGGACUGGACAGCACUUCGUUCUUGGUCCUCCUGACAGUGCGGAGGGGCUUUGCCCGGAGAGAACACCCAGCUUUAUGUCAACACUCUGCAGUGGUUAGCAAUAAGUGUGGGGAGGGCUGGAGCCCCCACAUGUUCGAAUGUGUUAGCGCCUUGGUGGGGACACCCCUGCCCUCAGGUUCUAUAGACUAGUUUGGAGAUGGAAUAAAUGUUUUUCUCAA